AUGCUGCAUAAUAGUCAUUAUGGCCGCAAUAGGAUGAUAAGCUUGGCAAGGACCAAAAUUUGGUUUCCAGGCAUAGAUGGUGCCAUUGAGAAGCGAAAUUUGUGCAGCAUUAGGGCGGAAUCUUACCGCAAUACCGCUACACCCAUGGGAAAAACCCCAGAAGACUACAAAUGGAUCCAAAUGGUUAGUGAUGGUGGACGCAAGUCCAAAUGGCCUGAGGUGAUAAAGAUGGGGUCAACGACUGCAGAGAGGACGGCAAUAAAGUUGAAAGAGAGUCACUCCACACAUAGCCAUAGGGAAGGUCCCGCUGAAUUACUGAUGGGCCGCAGGUUGAGAACUGUGUUCGAUAUAGUGAAGGCGGGCGUGAGUACCAAAGAAAGCAAAUAUAAGAUGGGAAUGAGGAAAUAUUGUGAUCAGGGAAAGGCGGAGCGGAAAUAUGCGGUAGGCCAAGAGGUUUUGUUAGAAACUAUUAUGGUGGUAACAAGCAUAGUCACUAAAGUGGUUGGAUCGCGCACAUAUGAGGUGCAUUACGGGUGGGGACAGAGGAAGGUCCAUGGUCAAAUGAAGGAGUGCUCGAUACCUUGGGAAUGCACGGAGGAUUAUAUGUUGCAACGGAAGAGUAAUGUUAAAGGAGCGAGCCCAGAGGGGAAGACGGAAGAGACCAGGGUACGGAGGUCAAAUAGGAAGCUAAAUGAAACGGAAAGGAUGAGGGAAUAUCGUGAGAAGAAGCGAAAGCGUGUUUGUAAUGUGAUAGUAGACGUGGUAAACAACCAGGAUCACAGUUGUCGUGAAAGAGAUGGUAUAAAAGCCGGCGAAGCGAGUAUAGCUUCAAUUAUGUGGGUUAUGCCCGUGCAGAAUCUUUCGACUACACCACCGGUCCCGCAGCUUUCGCCGGUGUCUCCAGUGUGGGCCGCUCCGAACUCCGGACAACGAUCCCCCAUACCCCCCCCCAUGUGGAUGCCGGGGUAG